UGUGCGAAAAAAUACCCGGAGCUCUUUCUUCUCCCCGGUUACCGAAUAUGACACAAUGUGCGCUGGUAUAAAAAGCUAGGGCCACUCCUAUCGGGGCUCCACACGGCUUGUCUGGAGGAGGCAGAACGAGGUCCUGUGCGCAGAAGAAAAGGGAGGCAGCUCCGAGCACAGGAUGGCCACGCUAGUACAAUCCGCAGAGAUGGAGACAUUAGGGGACCAGAGUAACACUGUGGCGUCUCCGACAUCCUGCAGCCCCUCUCAUCACUUCAUUGACAGCAAAUUCUACCUGCUUGUGGUUAUCGGGGAGAUCGUCACGGAGGAUCACCUGAAAUGUGCCAUUGCGGACAUAGAGAAAGGAAUCCGUUCAUGGGACACCAACCUCAUCGAGUGCAACCUAGACCAGGAACUCAAGCUGUUUGUCUCCCGCCAUUCAGCUCGUUUUUCUCCAGAUGUCAAAGGACAGAGAAGUCUUCACCACAGAAGUAAUGUCUUGGAGACGGUGGUUCUUAUCAACCCUUCAGAUGAAGCCGUCAGUACUGAGGUUCGCCUGAUGAUCUCAGAUACUGCAAGACACAAGCUCCUGGUUCUCUCAGGUCAAUGCUCUGAAAACACUGGAGAGCUCAUCCUUCAGUCUGGAUCGUUCUCCUUCUUCAACUUCAUAGACAUAUUCACUGACCAAGAGAUUGGUGAAUUGCUCAGCACCAUUCACCCAGCAAACAAGGCCAACCUUACUAUCUCCUGCCCAGAACAAGGCGCCUGGAAAAACUCCAGCUUAGACAAACACAACCUGCAAGACUUCAUUAACAUGAAGCUGAACUCCGCUCUCAUACUCCCUGAAAUGGAAGGCCUUUCAGAGUUCACAGAGUAUUUAUCAGAAUCGGUAGAAAUCCCAUCUCCAUUUGACAUGUUAGAACCACCGACCUCAGGUGGAUUCCUCAAACUGUCCAAACCAUGCUGUUACAUUUUCCCAGGUGGUCACGGUGACUCUGCUCUGUUUGCCGUCAAUGGCUUCAACAUGCUCAUCAAUGGGGGCUCCGACAGGAAGUCUUGCUUCUGGAAGCUGGUACGGCAUUUGGACCGGGUUGAUUCUAUCCUCCUAACACACAUCGGUGACGACAACCUGCCGGGCAUUAACAGCAUGUUGCAGAGAAAAACUGCAGAAAUUGAAGAAGAACAGUCUCAAGGUUCCACUGCUAACAGUGACUGGGUCAAGAACAUGAUAUCACCAGAUAUCGGCGUUGUGUUUGUGAACCUCCCAGAAAACCUGGAUAACUCUGAACCAAAUUAUAGGGUGAGAAUGAAUAUUGAGGAGGCAGCAAUGACGCAGCAGUUCCUCGUCAAGCUAAAUUUGCGGACGGAGCCCUUACAGAGGCCCGUGGGAAACACUAUAGAACCAGUCAUACUCUUUCAAAAAAUGGGUGUUGGGAAGCUUGAGAUGUAUGUGCUUAAUCCAUCAAAGAACAGCAAGGAGCUGCAGUACUUCAUGAAACAGUGGACAGGUAGAAAAGACACAGCUUCCAUUCUGCUCCCAAAUGGAAAAGAAUCAGAAUUCCCCAUCACUUAUUUGACAUCGAUUUCCUCGCUAAUUGUGUGGCACCCCGCCAGUCCAACAGAUAAGGUUGUGCGUGUUCUCUUUCCUGGAAAUGCCACUCAACAUCACAUCUUUGAAGGUUUAGAAAAGCUAAAACACUUAGACUUCUUGAAGGAGCCAGCUGUCACUCUAAAAACCAUGUCUUCUAACACGCCAUCAACACCGACACUAAAACAAGCUAAGAUGAAACACAGAACAGACAGCAAAGAGAGCCUUAAGUCUACCCCGAAGCCAUCGCCAAGCAAGAGCUUCAGGAAGGAAUCAAGGGACGAAGCUCCCGAAAAGGCAAAGACAGACGCAGAAUUAUCUCAGGAAAAAACACAAAUGGAGAAAAAAGAAAAGGUUCUGGCAAAAAAGGAAAAAGCCAAGCUGCCUGAAAAGGAAACUAAAGUGAAGGCAGAGCAAACGCUGCAAAAUGAAACUCCAGAGAAGAAGUCUGAAAUAAAACCUAAAAUGGAAAAGAUCAAAAAGGAGCCAAAAAAGUUUGUGGAUAAGAAAAAGGAUGUGAAAAAAGAAGUGGCAAAGAAAGACGAUACACCUAAAAAAGCACUGCAUAAAGAGGACGCAAAGAAAGAUAUAAAACGCAAUAUCAGGAGAGAUUCUCCACUGAAGGAGAAGAAGGAAGAGAAAAAAGACCAAAAGAAAGAGGAUUCAAAGAAAGAUGUUAAGAAACCUUUCAAAGACAUAAAAAAGACAUCCACUGCAGGUGAGGGAAAGACUCCAGCACCAAAAGUAAAGUCUCAUAAAAAAGAUGAUGCCUCAAAGAAAGAUGUAGAAGUCCCUUCAAAAUUAAAAGACAAAGGAACAUCAAAGGCAGCAAAGAAAGAGGCAGCGCUGGACAGUAGCAAACCUGCAGCAAGAUUAACUGAUGCUGCGGAGGAUCCAGGGGUACUGAGGUCUCUAAUGUCCUCACCGGAGGACCUCACCAGGGACUUUGAGGAGCUCAGAGCUGAAGAGGUGGUAGAUGAUGAUGCAACUGUGCACCAAAACAAGGAAGAGGAGGCUGUGAUGAUCCACCAUGAAGAAAUAACACAAAGCAAAGAGUCACCAGAGGCAUUAGAAUCUGUGGAUGAGGGGAUAACCACAACAGAGCCCGAAGGAGACAGUGGAGCAACUCCAGAUGAACAAGGUCUUAAGGAAAAACUUGGUGGCAGUGUGAGUGAGAAGUUUGAAGAUGAGGGCACUGUAAUGGAAGAGACAUUUGAAGGAGGAGAUUAUGAAGAAAAAGGCGAGACGGAAGAAGUUUAUGAACCACCAAGAGUUGAAUCCCUGGAACUUAAGGUUGUUCCUGAUGUAGAUGACCUUCGAAACAAAAGUACUGCAGACAAACUAGAAGGGAGUAUUGAGGAGAGCAUUGAUGUGACAAAUAAGGAUGUCAGUGAAAAGGAAGUAAAGCAACAGUGUCCGUUUUUAUCAGCCUCACCUAAAGUGUCUUCACCAGUUUCUCCAGCUGCAUCAAUCCAUGAUGAAGUGUUGCCAGUUGGUUGCUUCGGGAGUGAAACAGUCUCUGAUGAUGACAGCAGAGAUGAUCACCACGAUUACUACACUUUCACCUGUGGUCACACUCAGUCCACAGUUGAAAUUUCCAGUGUGCCUACUCCAAUGGAUGACAUGUUGACACCUCGGGAUAUUAUGAGUGAUGAAACGGCCAAUGGUGAAACAGAGUCUCCUUCACAGGACGUUGGCAAGUUUGGAACAUAUGCAAGUGGUGAGAUUGAUAGGAAGAAGCUCUCACCACUUCAGGAUGUUCCAGGAUCAGAACAUUCUCAGAGUGAUGCCACAGAGGGCCAAGUCUAUAAUCCUUCUGCAUCCACAAUAUCCCCUCCUACACCCCUAGAAGAGGAUAAAUUCUAUAAGGAGUUUCCCUCUGAAGGAAAAGUUGGAGAGUUUGCCUCAGCCCAAGAGUCAUAUGGCAUAUAUGACACUGACUUGGUUAGAUUGAGUUCCACUUCUACAACAUCACCUCUUGUUCGAUCACCCUCAGUUGAGCAAAAGGAGAGAUUUGAUUCUCCAUCCACCCUUGCUGCACCAAUAGAAUUGUCCACCACACUAGCAGAUUGCACCAGAGCUACCACUGAACCUUCUGCCAGCCCAGAUGAUAAGACUUUGGAAGGAACUAACUCACCUCGAUCAUCAGGUCACACACCUUACUAUCAGUCACCAGUAGAGGAGAAAGCAGGAACUCUACCACCUAUGACAGAAGAAAAGCCACAGGGUCCCAUAAUAGUUGAGGUCACAAGUGACAAAGAAGACUCCUCCAACAGGGUUUCUCCAGAGCCCAGUGAGCCUAAGCAAGAAAAGUCCUCUCCAGUAGAUAAGAUAAUGUCCCCUCCAAAAAGCCCUACUCCACCUCUACCGGAUUCUUCAACGACAGAAGAGUCACACUUUAAGGAAGAUCAUAGUAAAAUUGAAGAAUAUUGUAGUUCACUCACAUCUAACAUAGCGAUCAAACACGAACCAGACACUACUUCAUUUGCAGCUUUCAAAGAAGAGAGUAAAAUGUCCAUUUCUGAGGGCACCACAUCGGACAAAUCGGGCACCCCUCUUGAGGAAGUGGUUGCAGAAGACACAUUUUCACAUUUGGCGUCAGCAUCCACUGCCUCUUUGGCCACUAGCUCUUUGCCAGAGCCAACCACUGACUCUCCUUCUCUUCAUGCUGAGGUAGGUUCUCCUCACUCAACAGAGGUAGAUGAUUCUCUGUCUGUCUCUGUUGUUCAGACGCCAACAACCUUCCAUGAGGCUGAGAGAUCUCCAUCCAAAGAAGAUAGCCCCAGACCCAUGUCUAUCUCCCCAGACACCUCACUGCAGACAAAAAAUAUAACACAGACACAAGAUACAAAAUCCCCAGAACACUCUACGAUGUCAAUAGAGUUUGGCCAAGAGUCUCCUGAUCACUCUUUAGCGCUGGACUUUAGUAAACAAAUUCCAGAACAUCAGCUGGUGGGAGAAAGCUUGCGUGCUACAGAAAAUGGCCCAACUGAGGUUGAGUACAGCCCUUCAGAGGCAACCAUUUCAAAACCCACUGUAAAAGAACAUAUUUCACCAACAAAGGAACAUUUGUUUGUUGAAGAGAGAGAAUCAGUUUGUGCCACUUCCGUGACACCAUCAGAUGGAUCUCAGUCUACUCCCUCUGCUACAACCCCCUGUGAACUGACAGAGAUGCCACCCGCCACGGUAGAGCAGGUAGAUCACUCUCCAGUCACCCCAAAAGCAGCCUCUGUCACACACUCUCCCCUUUCCAAUGAGCCUUCUUCUGACAUAGGACAAACCCCAGCAAAAGACAACACCAGCCCAAGUUCACUGUCUGUGGAGAACAUCUCUACUGAGUGUGGCACACAGCAGAAAUAUGACAAGUCACCUUCACCUCCUAAAUCCAGUUCCCCAUUAUCUUCUCUUACCUUUUCUAAAGAAGAUGCACUUCCUUCAAAAAAAGAAGUUAAUCCUUUUGAAAUUGAGGAUCCUAAACCAGAAGAAAAGUCUCCUAAAAGUCCUGAAAUUCCUUCACCAUCAUAUCUGCUUUCUUCUGAUUUGUGUAAUUACAAGGGUGCUACUGGUGCCAAGGACCCAGAUUCCACUGAUAAAACCCCCUCUCCUCGUCAGUCCAAGACAGAUGUGGACCUCUGCUUAGUCACUUCAUGUGAGUAUCGUCACCCCAAGACAGAACUAUCCCCCUCUUUUAUCAACCCUAACCCUCUAGAAUACUUCAUCAGUGAAGAAAAUGCCUUGGAUGAAGAGAAGCCUAUCACCAAGUUAGGUGGAGGACCUCCACCUCCAGGGGGGAAGCUUUCCACCAAACAGUGUGAGGAGACUCCACCUACAUCCAUCAGUGAAUCUGCCCCCUCCCAGACUGAUUCAGAUGUUCCACCAGGGACUGAGGAGUGCCCUUCCAUUACAGCAGAUGCUAACAUUGACUCUGAAGAUGACUCAGAGACACUCCCUACUGACAGGACCUUAACUUACAGACAUGCUGACCCUCCUCCAGUAGCGCUCAGGGAUUCUGCUCCAUCAUCAGAUCAUCAUGAUGUGUGCAUGGUGGAUCCAGAGGCCCUCAAAGCUGAAGAAAACCUUCACAAUGCUAACACAGAAGGAGGAGAAAAGCCCAAGAAGAAAAAUAUGCCAAAAAAGUCCUCUUCCCCUGCGAGGAAGAGUGCUUUGUCAAAAAUCAAGGACUCAAAAAGCGCAUCUCCAAAGAAGAGUGUAGGAGAAGGGAAAGAUGCCAAAAAUGCAACGAAUACCUCUGCAUCCAGAGGUGUAAAAAGUGCCGCAUCAAGUACCAGCAGUGGAAAGGUAUCAAGUGGGUUAAUUCUGUCCAACUGUCCUCCCAUGUACAUGGAUUUGGUUUAUAUCCCGAAUCACUGUAGUGCCAAGAAUGUAGAUGCUGAAUUCUUCAAACGAGUGCGAUCCUCUUAUUAUGUGGCCAGCGGCAAUGAUCAAGCAGCUCAGGAGCCUAACAGGGCUGUCCUUGAUGCUCUGCUGGAAGGAAAGGCCCAGUGGGGUAAUAAUAUGCAGGUUACUCUCAUCCCAACCCAUGACACGGACGUGAUGAGGGAGUGGUACCAAGAAACCCACGACAAGCAGCAGGAGCUUAACAUCAUGGUCCUGGCAAGCAGCAGCACUGUAGUCAUGCAGGAUGAGUCCUUUCCGGCUUGUAAGAUAGAGAUGUAGGCCUGUUCACCAGCAGUGAGUGGGCGACAAAAAGCAGG